AUGCCCGCUAAUUACUUGGAGAUUCCCUCCGAGGCGCGAGCGCUCAGAAAACAUAUACAAGACCAGACAUUGGCGUAUGCAAAGCGCUACAUCACCACCGACUAUGUACAGUUCACAGAGCAAGGUGUCGCAGAGGUUAUCUUCUCGGCGUGCCUUCAUCCCGUGUCUCCGCAUGCCCCAACCGACAUUUCACUCCCUGUCGAUCCGGUAAACAAGCUCCUGGCGAGUCGAGCACAAGACCUCGUACCCUACACCGAAGAGUUCAAACUGUCUGUCGAGGAACAACAUGCCGUCAAGGGUGUUUUCGGGCGGGUGUUGGGAUUAAAAAAGAGACCGAUACCGAGUUUGGAAGGGAUGCUGGCUGAGGAGCCAAGCAAGCACAACUCGCCUUUGCGCCCGCUAUCUCCUAUACUUACUUCCCGAGCACGCAGAGAGACGCCAAGGAUACUACAACGUCCUCCGAAACAGGUUUUAGGAAUGUUGCCUUCCAAUAUGGACGAAAUACUCGAAAAAGCGCGCAUACAUCCGGUCAAGGAAGAAAAGAUUGUGGAUGAAAUAUUGGAUAGAGAUCAAUAUUUGGAUUUGGGAUACACGAUGACUCCUGAAAUGAUCGAGGAGUUCCGAGAAUUAAUGGCCCGUCUCCCGACCAAGAACAAAAAUGUCUCGCCAGAAGGAUACCAAGCAUUCCUCAGAGCCGAGUCUCCACUUCCAGAGAGAAAUUUUCCCCGAGCAAUAUCACCACCUCUAUUCCCCAGGAGUGAGACUAUUGGGCUCGGAGGAAAGGGGAAAGCAGGGACCAUCGGGAAAGAGGAAUCCUUGAGUGGGCUCUUGGCUACAGUUGGCCCGGUGCUCGUACCUGUCGAUAAUCAUGACUUUAGUUUGGAUGGGAUAGCACAGGAGAGCAUGAAAAUGCUUUGCGGGGAUAUGGACCAUCUACCCGAGUCUCCUUCUCCUUCUCCGUCCCAUCUCGAGCCCCCAACUCUCCAGUGGUCCUCAUCAGAUGCGGCCCAACCAUCUUCUCCGCACCCUCAAACACCACGACCCUCGCAUCCUAGUGAAAUGGCAUUCCUAGCUAGUUCGCCUCCCGACUCGUACGCAAGGAUAACCAAGAUUGCAAAAUUCGACGAAGUCCUGUUCCCAAAGGACCAAAUGAGGGGAAGAAAGUUGCCUCCCAAAAACGACCAGCCCAAGUUUUCCGAAUUUAUAGCAGGUCUUAAUUGCCCUGUCCCAAUCCGUCCUCCUCAACAUAUCGCUCCAUCAAUCGCAACAAUUCUCGUGCCGGGAACUCCUAGCGCAACCUCACGGAGCGACUCGGUGGUUGGACAACCAAACGAUGAAGUCGACGAGCUCGCAGACGACUAUUCAGCCGGGAUCUUGACCCGGACAGGGUCGAGAAAUCCAAGUCGGAGGACCUCGAGGAAUUUCAGUCGGAAGGGUUCCAAGCUUAGCAGGGUCGCUUCGACGGUUUCGAUCCAAACAGGAAGCCAAGCGAGUGUUCCGUCUGAUGUGGAUCAGUUGGCAGAUGAUGAUACUCUUGUCGCAUGUGUUGUUGAACAAUUGACAGAGGGGGUCGGGGAUCCAUUUGAGUAUAUUAUGAAGGAAAGGUUCGAAGAGAAGGAAAUGUUCAUGUUGGACGUUCCGGACUUGCCUCCUCCAAACGUGCAUAAGCGGGAUGGCCCACCUAUCCCUGCCAACCUUGCAGACACCAGCUCUCAAAUCGGACUUUCUCGAGCGGGAGGUAUCCAGUCGUUGCAGCUCGAGUUGGAUUGGAGGGUAACGAUACCUGGCGAACGGCCUCCCACUCACGAGCAAGUCGUCAAGGUAGAUGCUCCUUAUGGAGAUGAGACCAAAUCCGAAGCAAAAGGGAUGAUAAAAUCCUUUUUGGCGAGGUUGGAUCGGGAGCCUGCCGCUGCAGGAGUAUUCGAAGAGGAAGAACCCGAGGUUGACAUGGGUGGAAUCCGGGCGAGGGACGACAUGAAACUCGUCUUGACCAAAGAAGAGCGGGAGAUGUUGUAUGGGGCGAGACGGAAACCCCAGCUCGUAGAUGACGAACAUUUCGAUGACUCGAUUCCAACCGGUAUCCACGAGUCCGUUGCGGAGGAAGGAGCCCCAGUACCUACGCAAACCAGCUUUGUCCCACUUUCAUUUGGAUCAGAGCGGCCGGAAGAAAUUUGGGACAUGGAUUCACAGCCUAUUGAAUACGAAGAAUCCGAUUAUCCAGUCCACAAGGUCGCUGGACAAGAAAACGAGCUGGAGUACCAAGAGCAUCACACUCUGGAACCGCAAACUCACACAGGAUACGAACCAGAGAGUACAUGCUAUGGCGAUUCAGGGGACCAGGGUUACGGUCAACCGAAGGAAUAUCUCAAUGACGAGGACGAGCAGCCGCCCAUUUACCAAGACGAACUGGAUUCGCAAGUUGCGAUCGAGAAAGACCAGACGCAAGGACAGCACCUCGUGGACGAUUGGUUUGAAAUCCUGGAGCAGACACAGGAGGACCCUCGAUCAAACCACCAAGUCGACUACAUCGAGGUCGAGGACUCGCCGCCGCCCAUUCGCACCCUGUCCAACGACGUUGCUCGCGUACUCGUUCGUCCCGACUCGACCAACCUGGAGAUUCCGCUAGAAUGGAAAGACGUUCAACCUUCUCAUUUGGUCAAACACAAGUUGGCAUCGUUUAUGCAUGUCAGGACGGGAAAGCCUCAGCCUGUUACGGACAUGGACGUUCGACCUCGUUCUCUAGAGCCAGAGCCGUAUCCUGACCCAGAACGAACAGGGCCGUAUCCUAUUCCUUCAGAUAUCCAAGCCAUGCUUACCCUCGCACCCAAGGAACUCGAAGACUCUGGACCCGUACGGUAUAGGAUCGUAUGUAGUAUGCAAGUCAUCCAGAACCGCGCGCUUGUUCAAGCCCUCGAGCAUCCAAACGUAAACCUCGAAUUAAUUGAACGAGGUGGAGAAGUAGCAGGGGUUUUCCCAUGGCAAGACACAAGCCCGCCUCUCCAUGGAGCCUCGCUCGCAAUCGACCCUUGUACCGCAGUGAUACUUGUCCCCUUGGCGGAUUUACCUUGUCCAGAUGCGGUCCCUGCUCUUUCCCGGUUGCUUCAAAGUCUCCUAAGCAGAUACGACACCAUCUCGCUCGUCCUCGAAGCAUAUUCCAAGUCCAAGAGCAAUAUUGAAUUGGACCCGUUUACACCGCCUGCUCGAAAGGCACUUGCGUCGGUUCGGCGAGCUGUUGCGCUGAUCAAUGGGAGUUUGAACAGGGUGGGUGUGAGAGUUGGGAUCGCGAGAUGCGCAGAAGAGUGUGCGAAGUUGGUACGGCGUGUUGUUUGUCUCGCGGCGCAGGAAUGGGACGGCGCAUGGGAAGUGUGGGGAACGAGAGAAUGGAUAGGGGAUGAAGAGUUUUUCGAAGAGCCAGAGCUGAGCUCUGUGCCCGGGAUGAACCUAUUUGCAUCCAUCACGAUUCUAGCUCAAACGACGAUUGAUGAGUUGUUGACUAUGAGUCCGGAAGAACGAAGUAGGCUGUUUGAGCCCUCUGUCGGUCCUGUGCGAAUCGCUGCGUUAAACGAUGCGAUCGAGCGGGGUCGGGAGAGAGUCGAGCGGAUGGAGGGUGUAGAGUAA